CGGCGGCCCGGAGAGGCCAUGGACGCGCUCAAGUCCGCCGGGCGGGCGCUGAUCCGGAGUCCCAGCCUCGCCAAGCAGAGCUGGGGGUGCGGCGGCGGCCGGCACCGGAGUGGCGUGCAGGGCUGGUUACCGUUCUUUCCGGGUGAUCCUGAGCCUGGCCCGGCUCACAGGAACAGCUUGACAGACUGCAGGAGAGAGUCACAGGCACAGCUGUGAAAGUCAGGGCUCAGCACUGUGGAUUCCGAGUCAUGCCUGGACGCCCCUGAGCAUCUUCCGCUGCCCAAAGGGAGUCCUGAUACAUCCUUGACUCUUCUCUAAAGUACUGCACAUGGCUGUGUACACCCUCGCAUUUGACCCUUGGUAAUGACCCAGCCAGUCCAUCCUAAAGGAGAGCUGCCUGAAAACUGGACAGACACCCGGGAGACACUGCUCGAGGGUAUGCUCUUCAGUCUCAAGUACCUGGGCAUGACGCUGGUGGAGCAGCCCAAGGGUGAGGAGCUGUCAGCUGCUGCCGUCAAGAGGAUCGUAGCCACGGCCAAGGCCAGUGGGAAGAAGCUGCAGAAGGUGACUCUCAAGGUGUCGCCCCGAGGGAUCAUCCUGACAGACAACAUCACCAACCAGCUUAUUGAGAACGUGUCCAUUUACAGAAUCUCCUACUGCACGGCAGACAAGAUGCACGACAAGGUGUUUGCGUACAUCGCGCAGAGCCAGCACAACGAGAAUCUUGAGUGCCACGCCUUCCUCUGCACCAAGCGGAAGAUGGCCCAGGCUGUCACCCUCACAGUAGCCCAAGCCUUCAAAGUCGCCUUUGAGUUUUGGCAGGUAUCCAAGGAAGAGAAGGAGAAGAGAGAGAAAGCCAACCAAGAGGGAGCGGACGUCCUGGGCGGGGCCCGCCAAGACAGCGCCCCUUCGUUGAGGAGCCUGGUUGUCACUGGGAACCUGCUAGACUUGGAAGAGACGGCCAAGGCCCCACUGUCCACGGUCAGCGCCAACACCACCAACACGGAUGAGCCACCGCGGCCUCAAGCCCUGAACAGCAGCAGUGUUGUCUGGGAGCUGGAUGACGGCCUGGAUGAAGCAUUUUCAAGGCUGGCCCAGUCUCGGACGAACCCUCAGGUCCUGGACACUGGGCUGACGGCACAGGACAUUCAUUACGCCCAGUGCCUCUCGCCUGUCGACUGGGACAAGCCUGACAGUGGUGGCGCCAAGUCAGAUGACCUCUUCAACUUCUGAGGCCUGGGGCUGGCAGGACACGUGACAAACCAAAGCUCCCCAUGUUUGGGACAGGGGCCAGCUCCUGGACACCCGCCCCCGGCCACCCUCCUCCAGUCGGCAGCGCUGUCAGCCUGAAGAUCAAAGCUGCAGCCAGUCAAGCAGAGGGAAGGAGAGAUUUUUAAAUUUUUUUUUUUAAACCCCGUUCUUUCUCUAAGAACUGAAAGAUGCCUUGAAUAUUUAUUCAGUGACUCCUGGUUCCAGAAGCCGGUUUGGCAUCAGGCACGAACGCAGUGUGAUAACCAGCAUCCUGCCCUCUCUUGCGUGAGCGCUGCUCGCUGUGGGUGUCAGGAUGGUGACCAAAGCAUUUCUCGUCCCUUCUUUCUGAGGGCCCAGAUUUCCCUGGGGGCGCCCCUGCUCCUUACUGAGAGGAGUUGGGUUCUUCGUUUCUGCCACCCUUUGAGCACAGGAGGGCCCCGCCGCCCUGGGAGAAGACACUUCGUCCUGCUCACCUUCCCGGCAGGCCCCAGCAGGCUGGGGCUUGAGCUCCUGGCCCCAGGGGGGCUCAAAGAGACAGGGACAGCCCCUGACCAAAGACAGCAUGUGGCAGGCACUUUAGAGCACUCACCGCAGAUGCGGGCUCCCGCUCCGCGAUGGUGCUGCGUUGUGUAGAGCUUUCUUUCUGCCCUUCUUCCGAGAGAAGGGGCCCAAAGUCCCCGUGGAGGGUCCCCACCAGUGCUGAGAACCAGUGUAACUGGCUGCCCGCGGACUCCUAGAGUCUGUUGUUGGGUCUGAGCCCCGCCUCCCCAUACUUCCUGAGAUGACAAGCGAAACCUAACACCUAGAUUUGUUCUGCGACUCCUUGGUCGUAAGUUUCAGAUGAGGAGACUUGAGACCACACGUGUGGAAGAAGUCAGAGUCGAGAGUAGAACCCGGAUCUGGUGCCAAAGCUGCCUUCUCACCCGCACCUCUCACAACUCACACCUCCUUUUUUUUUUUCCUUAGCUUUGUUGUCCUCCCAGCAACCAAAAAGCCCCAGCUAUUUUCUGACCAAAAUAUGUUUCAUAACAAACCAUCUGGUGCCUUUACACGCAGAACUGGCAUGAGCCUGCGUGCCCUGCUAAACUGUCUUGCUGUUGAUUUCCGUGAAAAUGGAAGUGUUUGAAGUCUGCUAAUUCAGAGGGUGAAACAAAACCAAACUUCGUAAGCAUCACGCGGUUCCUUCCUGACGUUCCAACCCCAGGUCGGUGCCAGCAGCAGCCUAUCUUCAGAAUCUACCCCCUCCCCUCUCGCACAGGCUCCCAGCAAAGCCACCAGCACACCCUCCAUCCUCAGGUGCCUCCCAGGCCUGGCUUUACCAAGCUGAAGUGCCUGGUGGUAGUCAGAGCAAGUUUCACCAGCCUAGGAAACACCAUUUUUUUUAGAUUUUGCAUAUCUGACUAAGCACUGGAAUCAGAGAACAGACAGAAAUGCCCGGGUGAGACAUGGGGUGGGAUUGUCUUUAUCAGAAUGUGGCCCUGGCCCAGCUUCCACUCCCCAGCCCAGACCUCCUUGGUGUCAGCCCCUGUGUCUGUCAUGAGGCGGCAGGGAUCGGGCCUGACACAGGCCGCCCCUUGGCACGAGGGUCCAGAAGCUGGAGAAAGGCCGUGCUGUUUGUGUGACCCGCAGCGGGGCCUCGAGCUGGUCUCCGGCUGGCAGCGGUCAGCGUGCCCCCCGUGUGUCUGCAGAGUUUGUGCUUUCCUUGGUGUUGCUGUAAAGGAAUUCUAAAGAGGAAAAAAGAAAUAAGUAAUAAAUGUUCUCUUUUUGAAGGACCGAG